AUGAGCGCCGGGAUGAGAGUGUUGCUGCUGGUUCUGGCCGCGACCGCUUGCGCGUCAAACGCUCAGACCAACAACAGCAGCAACGACAACAAGCAGCAGCAGCAGCAGCAGCAGCAACAGCAACAGCGAGGAAUCCCGGAUGAGCCCAUCAGAUUCACCACCAAGACCCAGGACUCCUGUACCAUGGUGGUGUCCGGAGCCGGGGACUAUACUCGCCUGCGUGUCUCCUGCAAAGGUCCUAGCCAGGGCCAGACCCCGGGACGCUCCUACUACUGCGACUUCCAGGGGAAACCCAACCUGUGCCGUGCCUACAACCCCAACCCUCGCCACUACUUCAACCAGAUUAUGUGGGAGUUGAGGAAGCUGAGUCAUGCCUGCCAGGGACCCAAAAUCUACCGCCCGCAGAUGUGCAAGAAGUACCCCGACGAGGCCCAGAUGACUUUCCUGGCCUCCUGGCCCAAGACCACCAGCUCCAAGCCGUCCAAGCCCGUGCAGGAGCCACGCAAACCGGCGGUGCCAGCCCCGACCAAGCCCGUCCCUACUCCUAAACCUGUCAAGCCCCAGCCUCAUCAGCCCAUCAAGCCCCAGCCAGGCAAGGGCUCCCAGACCAGGAAAACAACCCCCAAGUCUGGGAAGACCACUACUCGUCCCACAGAGCAGCCCGACUCCAGAGCCUCCCGCAUUGCCUCCGAGUACUGCUGGAAGAGCUUGCAAGGCGUCUGCACCUACUUCAUCAGCUGGUUCCAAAACUGAGACGAUACUGCAGACGCAGGUCGGAAACACCAGCGACGGACUCAGUCAGAGCUCCCACACAGAAACCUCUCCAGGAUCCGUGCGGGUGCCUCUGGAGUCUUUUCGUCACCCUGUGAGGUCCGACUCCCCACACUGCAGCAUCUCAGGGGCUGAGCCAAAAGCACUCGAUCUACACCUGUGUACGGUUCCUGUGCUGUCAUCUAGUGUACAUGCCAUUUCUAAAUCUGUAAAACACACACCGGCAAGGCGAGGGAAAA